AUGAAGUUUCUCCUAUGGAUCUGCGUGUUCUUCAUUGGCCUAUCCCAGGGUUACGUACGCUUGACAAAUCUUAAGUGUGAAAGCUUAGACAAAUCUUAUAUAGAUUUUCCGGAAUGUCGACUUAAAGUGCUUGGCAGAGGAAUAAUCGGCGCAAACAUACAUGUGAAGCUUCUGAAAAUACCAGUGAAUAAAAUGAUCAUAAGAUUUAUCACAUAUCGAAAGCUUAGCGGCUACCACCCGUUCCUAUUUAAUGUUUCCAAAGACCUUUGUCGUACAUUAAAGUAUCCGAAUCGCCAGGAUGUGUUCUACUACGUUUACAGAGCAUUUUUGCCCUUUUCCAACCUCAAUCAUACCUGUCCCUACAAUAAUGAUGUUUACGUGAAGAACUGCACCUUGGACGAACGGAUGUUUUCGAAGGUUCCUUUACCAAAGGGAACCUAUUUGCUUACUCUUGAGAUGAACGAUGGCAUCAUAAACUGGGUUUCUAUUGUGUCAGUCUACUUUGAUAUUGAUAUGGAUUAG